AACCGGGCUAGAAUUCCUAUCGUAUGGCCAAUCCAAAAUAUAACCGAGUUAAAAAAUCUUAGCCCAACCCAAUCCUAUGAGUGAAAAUACCUAUUCCAAGUAUUAAAAAUGUCGGACUAGACUGGGCUGGUAGGUUGGGCAGGCCAUCGGGGCAGUUCUUAGGUUAAUACCUGGUUAGGCAUGGAGCAUGCACCUCCUUCGGCCGGGUUUUUUAAGACCAGCUUUUUGGCAAUUUCAGCACAAAAAACAAAAAAUUGAAGCUCCAUUUGACAGCAAAAGAUGUCUAAUUAUUAGUUCAUUCAUUCAUUUCAGGAUUGCAAAACAGUUCUAACAAAUCUAAACAAACUAUCAAGAUUGUUGGCAUUACAGUCAGUGUUGGUGUUCUGCUACUUGGUUUAAGUCUAUUUUUUGUAUGGUGGAGAAGAAGGAAAACACAAAGACAACUGAAAGAAAAGACACAGCAUAGAGGUGCUCAUGAAAAAAGUCAAGAUAUUUUGCUAAAUGAAGGGAUUAUUAUGAGAAACAGAGAUUAUUCAUGUGAAAGUACAACAGAUGAAUUAGAAUUACCAUUAUUCGACUUCGGUACCAUGGCAAUGGCUACAAACAAUUUCUGUGAGGAAAAUAAACUGGGACAAGGUGGUUUUGGCAUUGUUUACAAAGGUAUGUUGAUGGAAGGUCAAGACAUUGCAGUGAAGAGGCUGUCAAGGAAUUCAGGGCAAGGAGUAGAAGAAUUUAAGAACGAGGUUAGGCUGAUUGCAAGGCUUCAACACAGAAACCUUGUUCGUCUCCUCGGUUGCUGCAUUGAGAUGGAAGAAAAAAUGCUGAUAUAUGAAUACAUGGAAAAUAGAAGCUUGGACUCCAUUUUAUUCAAUAAAGAGAGAUGCUCAAUAUUGAAUUGGCAAAGGCGCUUCAACAUCAUUUGUGGAAUUGCUCGGGGGCUUCUUUAUCUUCACCAAGAUUCGAGAUUUAGAAUUAUCCAUAGGGAUCUCAAAGCAAGUAACAUAUUACUCGAUAGAGAAAUGAAUCCAAAGAUAUCAGACUUUGGCAUGGCAAGAAUUUUUGGAGGAGAUCAGACUGAGGCAAACACAAGGAGAAUAGUUGGAACAUAUGGUUAUAUGUCUCCUGAAUAUGCAAUGGAUGGCCUUUUCUCGAUAAAAUCAGAUGUCUUUAGUUUUGGCGUGUUAGUGUUGGAGAUAAUAAGUGGUAAGAAGAACAGAGGAUUUUAUAAUGCCAACCAAGAGCUUAACCUUCUUGGACAUGCAUGGAAGUUGUGGAGAGAGAGAAAGGUGUUGGAAAUAAUGGACACUUCUGUUGGAGAAUCGAAUGCGACAUGUGAGGUAAUGCGAUGCAUUCAUGUUGGCCUCUUGUGCGUCCAAGAGCGAGCAGAAGAUAGGCCGUCCAUGGCAUCUGUCGUUCUCAUGUUGAGCAGUGAAACUGCAUCAAUGUCGCAACCUAAGCAUCCUGGGUUUUGUCUAGGAAGGCAACGUGUUGAAACCGAUUCAUUGUCAAGCAAGCAAGAUGAAUCAUGCACCUUGAACAAUGUCACCGUUACAAUACUAGAUGGCCGGUAAUCGGAGGUCUGACCUUCUCCAGCAUAAUUGCAUAUCUCAAGAUUUUUUAUUUUUUUAAUUUAUAAGUCCUUUGUUUUUUUGCCAUUUUUGUGAAAGGUUUAAGAGGGAAUAGUUGUUCUUUUGUGUAAGGGAGAUGUAUAAUAUGUUGAUUUAUAUGAUUCAGUUAAUACAAGUUCAAUAUUUUUAGGUUA